AAAGUUCCCCUUUCCAACUGAUUUUAUUUUGAAAAGCUCAUACAGGAAGUAGCCUCAGGUGUGUUGCUGCUGUUCUGGUGGUUGUUGAGUUGAGUUGAGUGUUUUUCGAGGAAGCAGGCGGUCAGAGCUGACAGACAGGAAAAAACCCGGGAGAAAGGAAGACCAGAUCAGCCUCCUCUUCCUCCUGCAGGGAGCUGAGCCUUCAUCAUCACCUUUAUCAGUGUCAGUCAUGGCGGGAGCCCUCAGGAUGACUGAAGCUCCGUUCAUCAACGUCUACGACAACGAACUGCAGAUGAAUUUGAUGCCGUAUGACUACAUUCCUCCAGUGGACAUAAAGACUGAACCCUACAUACCUGAGACAGCUCAUGGUCCUUACAUUCAAAUCAUCGAGGAGCCCAAACAGAGGGGCUUUCGUUUCCGUUAUGAGUGUGAGGGUCCAUCCCACGGCGGGCUCCCAGGGGCCUCCAGCGAGAAGAACAGGAGAACCUACCCGACCGUGAAGAUUAAUAACUACGUGGGUCACGCCCGGGUGGAGGUCCAGCUGGUGUCCCACUGUGAUCCUCCUCGUGUUCACGCUCACAGUCUGGUGGGACGUCACUGCACCGAGAACGGCACCUGCACGAUCGACGUCGGCCCCAACGACCUCACAGCCUCAUUCAGUAACCUGGGGAUCCUACAUGUGACCAAGAAAGGUGUGGUGGAGGUUCUGAGCCGGAGGCUGAGGGACGAGAGGAAGAGACUGAAAGGAGCUCACUGUCAUAUCACAGAUUCAGAGGAAAGCGGUCUCCUGAAGGAGGCCAAGGAGCUGGGGAAGGUGAUGGACCUGAACAUCGUCAGGUUAAAGUUCACCGCCUACCUGCAGGACAGCAACGGAGGGUUCACCAGAGGGCUGAAACCCGUCGUCUCCAACCCUAUCUACGACAGCAAGUCACCGAACGCUUCCAACCUGAAAAUCUCUCGGAUGGAUAAGACGUGCGGCUCGGUGCUCGGAGGAGACGAGAUCUUCCUGCUCUGUGAUAAAGUCCAGAAAGAUGACAUCGAGAUCCGUUUUUACGAGGAGGACGACGAGGGAGGCUGGGAGGCGUACGGUGAUUUCUCGCCUACCGACGUACACAAACAGUACGCCAUCGUGUUCAAAACGCCGCCCUAUCACAGCGCAGAGAUCGAGCGGCCCGUCACCGUCUUCCUGCAGCUGAAGAGGAAAAAGGCCGGCGACAGCAGCGACCCCAAACAGUUCACCUACAUACCGCACGUACAAGACAAAGAGGAGGUGAUGAGGAAAAAGCAGAAGCCGCUGCCUCACUAUGAACCCUGGAGAGGAGGAAGAGGUGGAGGAGCCGGGGGAUUUGGAGGAGGAGGAGCUGGAGGAGGAGGAGGAUUCCAGUUCAACCAGCAGAUGAAUGGAGGAGGAGGAGGAGGAGGAGCAGGAGGGACGGGAGGAGUUUUCUUCAGUGGCUUCUCAGGCUUCAGUGGAGGGGGAGGAGGAGGAGGAGGGGCUCAGAUGUCAGGCUCCACCCCUCAGACCGGGGUUACCCAGCAACAGACAGGAGGACAGACGGGAGGACAAACAGCAGGACAGACAGGAGGACAGACUGGCUCGCCACUACAACAGCAGCUGUUUCAGAUCGCCGCCGCCCUCCACAACAGAGCCUCUCAGAGCGCCAGACAGACGGCUGCUGCCCUGCUGCAGUAUUGCAGCACCGGGGACGCCCGGGUCCUUCUGGCAAUCCAGAGACAUCUCUGUGGCGUCCAGGACGGCAACGGAGACACUCCUUUGCACCUGGCCAUCAUCCAUCAGCAGACAAGUGUGAUCCAGCAACUGAUCCACACCCUGCUCAGCAGCCAGCAGCAAAACAUCCUCAACACAGCCAACCACCUCCGACAGACUCCGCUCCACCUGGCGGUGAUCACCCGGCAGGUGAAGGUGGUGGAGGUGCUGCUGAGGGCGGGGGCCGACCCCAGCCUGCUGGACAAAGACGGCCGCAGUCCCCUCCACCUGGCGGCGCUGGCCGGAGACACCGCCACGCUGCGCCCAAUGCUGGCUCACCUGGGAGAACGCCACGCCCACCUGGUCAACACCCCUGACUACCACGGUCUCCAUCCUCUCCACCUGGCCGUGAGGAGGGACGGCGAGCGCUGCCUCCGCCUCCUCGUGGAGGGCGGAGCCAAAAUCAACGCACCUGAGCAGAAGAGUGGAAACACCGCCCUCCACCUGGCCGUAAGGGAAAACCUGUUCAAGGUGGCCUGCACUCUCAUCACAGAGUUGAAGGCGGACGUCAACGCCAGCACGUUUGGAGGAAACACAGCUCUCCACCUGGCGGCCAGUGUGGGCUCCCCGACCCUCUGCUCCAUGCUCAUCGCUGCAGGCGCUGAUAAAAACGUGGAGAACGACGAGCCGCUCUUCUUCAGCUCCUCCUCAGACGAAGAGCCGGACGAAGACGAGCCAAUCAGAGAGCGGGAAGCCGCCUCACAGCCAAUCAACCCUCGCAAGAGACCUGCAGGAGGACACACCCCCCUGGACCUCGCCAAGUGCCAAAAGGUGAGGAACCUGUUGAACUCGGGUCAGAGUCCUAAGUCGAGUCGUCCCAGCAGUAAGAAGAUGAGGGCGAGCAGCAGUGAAGAGGCGGAGUCUUCGGGGCUGAACGAGGACACGCUGUCCCGGCUGGUGGAGGUGCUGAGUGUCGGAGACGUUCCCUGGAGGAAACUGGCGGAGAAGCUGGGGAUGAUGACGCUGACUAACCUUUACGUGGACAGUCCGACGCCGUGCCACCAGCUGCUGAAGCACUACCAGCUGGGUGGAGGUCCAGUCGAAGGUCUGGUUGAAGCUCUUCAGUCUCUCGGUCUCACAGAAGGAGUCCGACUGCUGAGAAACACCGAGCUACGAGACGACAAACACAGCACAGACGCCACGGUCGACAGCGGCUUCGGCAGCCAGCCAAUGGAAGAAGAGGAGCCGCCUGUGGCCAAUCAGUGAUGAGCAGGAGACAAAAUCCCCUCUCGAGCAGCUUCAGGAACGUCAUCGGGACUCUGCAGAGGAACCGGGACUCUGCGGAAGAACCGGGACUCUGCGGGGGAAUCGGGACUCUGCGGGGGAAACCGGGACACUGCAGGGGAACCGAGACUCUGCAGGGGAACCGGGACUCUGCAGGGGAACCGGGACUCUGCAGGGGAACCAGGACUCACUCUGCAGAACUGGACUUUAAUUAGCAGACUGACAGCAGAGACUCUGAUGCUUCUACUCCCAGCUGAGUUGGACUCUGUUUGUUUACGUGCAGAGGAGACGAAGGCUGCAUUCUACACGGACACAGAGAUUAAUACACAACAUGUUACUUCAUAGGAAUUUGAGCGUUUUACCAAAAAAAGCCUUUUAAAGUUUUAAAAACUGAUUUUAAUUUUAUGUUUUUAAAGUGGCAACAGACAACCUCCUCCAGUGUUUCCAGGUGGUAUUAUUGUUGGCGCCGCUGUCACAAAGACAACCGUAUCUCUCUCCGUUACUACUAGCGACAAAUUUAGUGACCUAUUGAGACCAUCAGCUUUGUUCAAUCAACAUUUACUUCAUAAUGAGUUAAAGCUAAAAAGGUGUCUAUUGCCACUUUAAAGAAACAAACAGUGGGUUUGAAAUGGAUUAUUUCACCGUGAGGCUGCAUCAUAGUUAUACAAGUGUCUGUUUGUUUGUAUUAAUUUAUAUUUUGUUUUUAUUAAAUAGAGCUUAGUGGGCUGUGAAUUUUCUGACGGACAAUUUAGAGUCCUUGAAUUUCACCUUGAAAGUCCUUAAAAACUUUAGCCGGCUGCAGAGAAUUAUUUUUAUGAUAAUCAAUUACCUGUUGAACACAUUUUAUAAAGAAUUAAAGAAAGUGAAACGUUAGCUGUAAAUCUGUGUUGUGUUGUGUGUUACCUCGAGCCGAUCUGCUCCUUCAUCUUGUAGGAAAGCGGUGGGAUUUCAGAUUCAUCUGUCCGGACUGGAACGCAGCACGUCUCACCUGUUAUCGGUUUCUCUGUUUAUCAAUACUUUAAUCUCAUUGAUGCCGGGUAAGAAAAAGGUUUUAAAUGUUAUGAAUGACAAAAACAAUAAAUACUCAUUGUAAGUAAAAAUGA